AUGGCAGAAAUCUCGGGAGGCCUGGGUGUGACGCAGUCUUGUUGCGUGGUCAGGACCACCAGUCACCAAGCAGCAGAAGAAGGCCACGCUAACCAACGUGAUGUGUACGACCAACGCACCAGUACGGGCAACAAGCCUGCGCCGGUCUCGAACACCGCCUUCAUGGCCUCGGUCGCCGCCGAGCUCUGCUCACCCAACGCAGAAGCGUCGUCAAAGACCAGCGACACCGCCUGCCUUGUCUCCACUGGAGCCGUCUUGUUCACGAACUCCUUCGUGGCACGAAGUUCGUGCGUAGGUCCAGGCUUCGACGCCGCCACGAGUUCGCCAAAAGAUGCGCCACCUCCACGCGCUGCGCCGCAUUCCGCGCUCGUGAAAUCAUCACCAUAG